ACUCAUUUCAAUCAAAGUUUUGUUAUUUUACAUUCUUUUAACGAACAUUUUUAAGAUGUCAUUUAUUGAUAUAAUAAAAUUUUUGUUUUGGAACAUAAUAGGAUAUGCAUUAGCUAUCUUCACGUUUUAUUUAGCAUUCUAUUAUUUUAAAUAUUUUUCUAGAUACAGGCCGUUGCCAGGACCUUUUCCUCUCCCAUUUGUGGGCAAUCGUUUACAGUAUAGAGGACAUCCAGCAACAUGGGCAAAGCGUCUUCAUGAGGAAUAUGGAGAUAUUUGUGAAAUAUACAUGGGUGGCGAACGACAUAUAUGGAUAUCCAGAGCUGAUUUAGUAGAAAAGAUAUUUAGACCCUCAUUAAAUAAUAAUUAUUUAAUAAGAAUAACACACAGAGAAGGAUUAGAUGAAAUUGAUGUUACUACGAAAGGAAUUACGUUCAAUAGAAGUUUAGAUAGUUGGACGUUUAAUAGAAAGUUCUUUAAUCAGGCAAUUAGUUCGUUGAGUUUUAUGAAACAAAAUGUUAUUUGGACACAAAACUUAUUCGAAGAGAUGGAAGAUUAUUGGCGGGAAUUAAAAUUUCAGACAGAGAACACAAGUGGCAAAGAAUUUACACUUAAUAUAUCAGAAUGGAUGAUAAGAUUUACAACAGAUGUUAUUUUCACUUUGACAACGAAUAAAAGAGCUUAUUCAUUUGCUAAUUAUUUUAAUCAAUUGUCUAAUACAAAAACAAAACAACAUUCAGAAAUUGAAAUGGUUGAAUCAGAAAAUCUUAUUAAAAAUAUUCGUUCAUGGCUUCAUGCUUUGCAAUUUUUUAUGGAUACACCUUCAUUAUGGAGAAAAUAUAUUCCUAGUUUUAAAAAAAGAUCUGAAUAUUUAAAAAGUGAGGUUGAUCGAUUGAAUAAUACUUUUAUGGAAUUGGUUAAACAGAGAAGAAAAGAAAUUGAAAUGACACCGGAAGAUGAGCAAUUGAUACCUGAUAUGUUGUCAAUGUUGUUAACUGUAAAUACACCAAGAGAUGUUACAGCUAAACUUGCAGAUGAACACCAUACAAGACCCCUGUCUGAUGAAGAAGUCCGUGGAAAUAUCUUAGAAGUUAUUAGUGCUGGAGUUGAUACUACAGCAAAUACAUUUUGCUUUAUUGUAUAUCAUCUUGGCCAUUAUCCUGAUGUCAAGGAAAAAAUGCUUCAAGAAUUCAAUUCUGUCUUCAGAGAUGAUUUAAGUCGUCCAAUCGAACAUGAAGAUUUGAAUAAAUUAGUUUAUUGUGACGCUAUCAUUAAAGAAGUUUCUCGGCUUAUGUCAAUUGUGCCAGUGAUAUUUAGGAUGUCAAUAAAGGCAGAUGAGAUAGUAAAAUAUAGUUUUCCAGCAGGAACGCAAAUUAAUGUUAACACGCAUGUAAUUCAUACACACCCGUCACAUUGGAAGGAUCCUGAAAAAUUCGAUCCUUCACGAUUUCUGAAUCAAGGCGUUCCAGGUGGUAACAAAAUAGCAAAGAACUCUCUGCUGAUUUUUGGCGGAGGACUAAGGAUGUGUCCGGGUAAGAAUUUAGCUAUGACCGAAUUGAAAGCUUUGAUGGUUUUGUUGUAUAGGAAAUAUGAUGUGGAACUGGUAAAUAUUAAUGAACCUGUUAAAUAUCAUUAUUCCAUUGUUAAAUCUUGUGAUGAUUUAAUGAUUAGAAUAAAAGACAGGAAAGAAAAGCAAUAAAAAUAAUGAUGAAUAAUUGAAUAUUAUUAUUAUACAACAAACAAAUAUGCUUGAAUUUGUAUCUUCUUUAUUUCCUCAAAUAUUGUAACUAUAUUUAAUUAUAACUAUAUUUAAUUAUUAAAG